CAACCAGAUGAUGAUUGAAAACGUAAACAUCAGAUCGCGUACUUCUGUCGUUUGACUAGCCUCAUAAAAUAGACUUAAAAUUAAUAGCCUCUGCACGAAUUCAAAGUAUAUAAAUAUGUACCAUUUAGAUACUUUGGCACGAAUUUGCCCUGUCCUGCUCACUCCUACAGAAAAUUUGAAAACAGCGCGCACAGUAAAAUGUAAAAGUCACAUUUUUUGACUUUUAUGCCUGGUUAGACAGUGCAAGUGACUUGAUUCAAUUGAUGCCCAAUUGAAUGCAAAUUGAACGUGUAAACACCACCAUUCAUCUCACAUGCGCAACUCACUUGACUUGAACGAAAGAUGAACAUGUUGAACUUUUUCAUUCAAUUCAAACGAAAUCGUCUCACUUGCUCCGUUUAAACCCGCGAUUCAUGUGAGCUGAAUUCAGGUCAUUUGAGAUGAAUAGUCUAUUUUAUGAGGCAGUUCAGUUUGCUAACACGGAGAGACGAAACUACCCAAAAGUGAGUUCUUUCCACCCAACUUCGGGGUUGCGUGCGUCAAGCCAAUUUUGAGUUGAUGGAAUCGAUGUUUUUGUUGGGUUGUUCCCGCUUGCUUCCAUGUGAAAAAAAUACCUAAUUUUAAGUUUUUUCCACCCAACCGAAAUUUUGACUAGGUUGUAUUCACUCAAAUUUGAGUACUGUGCUAGAAACUCAGCGUUGGCUUGACGCACGGAACUGCAAAAGUUGGGCUGUUUCUCUCUUCACUCUCUGACAACAACAGAAAGAGCGCAUGAAAAGGGAGAUGAAAAAGAACUCAAAAUUGAGUUUAAAAGUACCUAAUUUUGAGUUUUUCAGUUUCUCCGUGUACGCUCCGCACGAGUUGAACAAUGUAAACACUCGCUUCAACUGAGAUGCAUUCAAGAGCAUUCAAGUGAACACUCAAGUCAUUUUCUCAGUCUAAACACAUCAUUCCAUUGAAUUGAACAUCUUUGAGAAGUUAGCAAGUGAAAUGUUCGUUUCUGUUGAACAAUGUAAACCAGGCAUUACUGUGCGAACUGAUUUCAAGUUUUCUGUGGGAGUGAGCAGUACGCCAGAUUCGUGCAGAGGCUCAUAGGGCACUGCAUGAAAAUCUUUCCUUCUCUUUCACUCUUACAGAAAUUUUGUAAACAACAAGGCCACGAAACGUCAAAAUCCCAUACAAAAUCAAAACAGUGCAGUCCCCUAUAGGUCACUGCAAGAAAUUCGCUCCUUCUCUUUCACUCUUACAGAAAUUAUGUAAACAACAAGGCCAAGAAACGUCAAAAUCCCAUACAAAAUCAAAACAGUGCAGUGCCCUAUAGGGACAAACAAAGCCAAACAACCUACCAAAAUUUAUCUGUCAAAAGUGGUCAAAUCUGGGCAAAGAGUGUAAUAGUCUAUUUUAUGAGGCUCGUCAAACGACAGAACUCCGCGCUCUGAUGUUUACGUUUUCAAUCAUCAUCCGGUUGAUGAUGGUUAAUGACUGCGCGCAAGUCAAGCGUAAAGACACUAUAUGCAAAGACACGAAAUGUUCCAAUUGGAAUUCCAAAUUUUCUGUCAAUGUCAUUCCAAUCGAGCAGGAGACCUGUCAAACGUGCUUUAAAGCAUUGCUCGUCAGCAUCAUCGUCAUGAUUGGAUGAUCAUCAUCGACAUCAACAAUCAUCACACUUCGUAUCUUUGCUUAUAGUAUCUUUAGUCAAGCGUAGUUUUUGAAACUGGCUAAAACAAUAAUUAGAAAUUUUUAUUUAAAUUCUUUUCGGCAAGUUAACGAGUCAAUCGCAACGAAAAAAAUAUUGUCGGGCCGCCACCAAACCGGACUUCGCACAAUCAAGUCGCGACGCGACCCAACUCGCGACGUUUUUUAAUCAUGUCAAAAGUAGUGCGCAUCCUUCCCGUUGUUGUCAGCCACACAGCGCACUAGAUGCGAAACAGUUGCGAGACUUGUGGACCAAGAAAAUUGCAAUUUUUGAUUGAAUGUCGGUCUUGAUUCCAACCGGAUAGACAAUACCUGAUUAAUUUAUGAGAUUUGUAUUGCUUCUGCAACUGCUUUUGAGCCUUUUUUGGCACCAAUUUCUCAUAUCUCCAAUUUGUCGCACAAGUACCUUUUCAAAAAUUACACGAGAUUCCAGCAAAACAAACGUGCGGGGACUUCUGUCAGUUGACGCCGCUGCUGCGAUCAGCUGUUCUGAAACGUCUCGUAAAAUAGCUUAUAGGGCACUGCAUUGUUUUGAUUUUGUAUGGGAUUUUGAAGUUUCUUGGCCUUGUUGUUUACAAAAUUUCUGUAAGAGUGAAAGAGAAGGAGAGAAUUCCAUGCAGUGCCCUAUAGCACCCUUUGCCUUGUAAUAAUGGCGCAGCGAAACAUGACAGAUUUGUUUUUUAUGUUGAGAAAUAAUUUGUUGUACAGCAGAAAUGUGUAUUCGGAUACGAACAAUUCUGACAAUAUUGCGCUACUUGACCGAGGAUUGGACGAACUCGCUAGCUGCUCAGAACAACCAUCCUGGAUGAAAUAUUAUGAAGACGUUACAUAUUUAUUCAACAAAAUUAGAAUCAAGACUGAAGAUCUAGUAGAAAUUCAUGGAUGUACUUCUCGGUUGGUGCUCAGUGAAAACGUCGAUGGCAAGGAAAGAGCAAAACUACACGCCAGAGAUGUUUCUAGGAUGAUAUCCAGUGUUCAUAGUAAUAUUAAAGCUCUUAAAUCAUUUGCCAGAAGCAAAAGUCGCAUAGAAACUAUUUUACUACAAAAUGUGGAGAAAAAAAUGCUGAUGACAUUGAAAUCAACUACAGAACAAUUUCAACAAAGCCAUGCAGCUUUCAACGAGAAGCAGAAUAGUGUGGAACAGAAUUCCAAUCUGUUUUUUGAGAAUAUUUCAAGCCAUUCCCAGGUGCCCGGUUGCAAUGCAGUUGAAACUUUCGAUAAUUUUUUGAAUAUAAAUGUGUCUACAUCAUCAAGUAUUCUACAUUUCGACGAAGCCGGAAAUUUGGAUGAAUAUUUUGAACUCCCCGCCGCUGGGCUCAAUAUAAAUCAAAAACAUUUAAUGCUGAUUGAAGCUGGAAACACUAAAAUGAUAAAAAAUCGAGAGCAAGAAGUAUCAAAAAUUGUAAAUUCAAUAGAUGAUUUGAAUGUAGUUUUCAAGGAUAUGUCGCAAAUAGUACAGGAACAAGGUACAAUCCUAGAUAGGAUUGACUACAACAUUGAAAGCACUCAAACCAAAAUAUUUGAGGGGUAUAAACAACUUCAAAAAGCAGAUAAAUAUCAAAGAAAAAACAAACGAAUUUAUUGUAUUUUAAUUUUAGCGAGUUUAAUUAUUUUUAUAAUUUUUUUGACUAUAUCAACAAAAUUGUAAGCAAGAUGAAAAUU